UUAUUUCCCCCAUUUGGGUGGAGCUCUCCCUGGCUGAGUGAAUUCACAAAAUUCUUGCUUAGGGUUGGACAGCCACACUAAAACCAGGCUGGGGACUCAGAAAGGAUCCGAGGACCUGUCAGGGCCCAGGGCAGGACGAUGGCCAGCGGGAGCAGUGAUCUCAGCACCAGGAUGUCUGCAGAAGCCCACAGACUUAUGCGUGAGAUUGCAGUCAAACUCUUCAAGGAACGUAAAGUCGAGAUUUCACAUGCAAUACAAAGAACAUUUCCUUUCCUUGAGAAUCUUCGUGACUGUGGAUUGAUCACUGAAGAAAAGUACCAAGAGUCUAGAAAAUCUUCUGAAGACCUGAAACCUGUACUGAAAGUGGUGUAUGAUGUUCUCAGUGAAGUGGAAGAGGAAUAUUACAUGUCACUUCUGGAAAUCUUGUUCAGCAAGGUCAUUAUGAAGAACUACCCAGAUUUAAAUGACAUUCGCAAAGGCUUCAGCAAUGUGAUCCUAAAGGAAAUUCGUUACCAAGCAAAUGAAGGAGGAAAGAGUGCAAAAAACCAUAAUAUCCAGCUGAGUCUUGAACAAGGAACUGGUGAAAACUUAUAUCCAAGCCCUUCCUGGCUCUUCCUGGAUCAGUCCAAUUACACAGUGAUCAGCAGUGAGGCCUCCACAAGAUUUAACGAUGGAGACAUGCCUGCUCUCCCCCAAGCCUCCACCUCAGCACUGACAAGGGAACCUGAGCAUAUGGACGUAAUAAAGUCACAUACACCUGGAAGCAUACAUUACAAAAGAGUGAGAAGUCCUGAAGGGUCUUCAGGGUUCAGUGAAGAGGACAAGUGCCCAGAAGGCGGAAGCUCUGCAGUGAGAAGUGGUGCUGACCAGGAGGGUCCUGUGGAUCUUGGAAAAUCCCUUACUUCACAAAAGGCCAAGAAAAAAAGAUGCUCAAAAAAGCAUGAAGAAUUUGUGGAUUUUCACUCUGAAAUACUUCCUGUGACCUGUGGAGAGAUGAAAGGCAUGUUACAUAAGAAGAAGUUGGAAGAAGGAUCCACGGUGAAGUGCAUAGAGACAGAGGAUGGACGUUGGUUCACCCCCCAGGAAUUUGAAGCUGCAGGGGGCUAUAAAAGUUCAAGUAAUUGGAAGAACACUGUGCGCUGUGGUGGGAAAACCCUAAAACGGCUGAUGGAGGAGGAAAAGCUACCUACACCACCAAGAAAAUAUAGCAAGAAAAAAAAGCUUGAAAAGCCAGGUGUAUGUGUGAUCUGCCGGGAUGGAGAAAACCUCCUCCGCUGUGAUACUUGUUCAAGAUCCUUUCAUGGGGACUGUCACCUCCCACCUGUGCAGACUGAGAGACCUCUGAGGAGACCGUGGAGUUGUACUUUCUGCAGGAUAAAGGAGUCUUCAGGAAGUCAGCAAUGUCAUAGGGAAUCUGAGGUUCUGUCAAGGUGUAUGGGGCCUGAGGAGCAACUGAAAUGUGAGUUCCUCCUCUUGGAGAUUUACUGCCAUUCAGACAAUAUCUCUCUGGAACCAAUGCAACGAGAUAAGUGUAGUGCAGAGACUUAUCAAUGCAUGAGUAAUUUUAUGAUGCUGAAUAAAAUAAAAAAGAAUCUAAGUGAGCAGCAUUACCCCAAAGUGGAGAGCUUUAUGAAGGACAUGCGCCUCAUCUUUCAGAAUCACAGGGCAUUUAAUAAAGACCAUGGCUUGUACUUACUGGGAAUUAACCUGGAGGCAGAAUUCGAGCAGAAUUUUAAGAAAGUGUUUUCUAUUCAGGAAAUAAAACGAGAACACAUAGAAAACACAAGUAAUUGAGAAGACAAUGCAUGAACAAAAUUAGAAGUUCAACAAAGAUAAAGAAACUAUCAAAAACAUAAAGAGAUACCCUAGAUCCAAAGCAGACAAUGACUAUACUGAAAAAUUGAAUAGGAAGCUUCAACAUUAAACUAAGUAAAGCAGAAGAAAGAAUCCGUGAGCUAGAAGAUAGGUUAUUUGAAAUCAUCCAGUCAGGGGAGCAAAGGAAAAUGGAAAAGAGUGAAGAACACCCACAGGACUUAGGAGACAUUUUCAAGGAAAACAUAUGUGCAUCAUGGUACUCCUAGAAGGCAAAUGAAAAAGGAAAAAACAAAAAGUCAAUUUAAAGCAGUAAUGAUUAAAAGCUUUCUAAUUUGGGGAGGGAAAUGGUCGUUUGUAUUCCUAUAGUCUGAAAACCCACAUAGGUUGAAUUUUAUUCUUUUCAAAUGUUUACAUUUUUAAAAUUGUUGUUCAAUUACAGUUGCUUCCAUUUUUCUCCAUUACCCUCCGAGCGCUACCCUUUAAAGAAGCUAUACUGACAAAAUUUAUAAUUAAAUUGUCAAAUUCAAAGACAAAGAGAGAGUUUUGAAAGAAGCAGAGAAUAGUGACUUGCCACAUACAACAGAGCCCCCAGAAGAUUACAAGCAAUUUUUGAACAGACAUUUUGCAAGUCAUUAGAAAGUGAAUGACAUAUUGAAAAUAUUGAAAGCAAAGAACUGCUAUUGAAGAUUAGUACUCAGCAAAGCUGUUCUAUAGAAUUAAAAGAGAAAUAGACGUAUCCAAGCAAAUGGAAGCUGAGGGUAUUCCUCACCACUAGAACUGCAUGGUAUCUCAUUUCGUUUUAGCCUCAUCCCAACACACCAACAUUGCAGGUUCAACCCCCAGUCAGGGCACAUACAAGAAUCAACCAAUGCAUAAAUAAGUAAGUAAGUAAGUAAGUAAGUAAGUAAGUAAGUAAGUAAGUAAAGAAAUAAAUGGAACAAUAUACAGAUUUCUUUCUUGCUCCCUUUCUCUCUCUCUUUCUCUCAAUUGAAUAAAUAAAAAGUUUAAAUAAAAUAAAUAUUGUAUUAAGAAAAGAAAUGCUAAAGGGCAUUCUUCAGGCUAAAAUAACAGGAAUGUAAUUAACAGUGUAAAAUUAAAAAAAAAAACAUGACGAGCUCUCCACUACACACAGUUGGCUGGUCUUUCUUCCUUUGUUACACACAUAUGGGAUUUAGAGCAGAAAAGGGAGAGAGAGAGGCUGUGACUCAAAUCCCUUGGAAAGAGAUGGCUGUGUGAAUAGGUCCUUGAGACAAAAACCAGAUUCAACAACUAUAAUUCAACCUCCUUCGUUAAGAUGGAAAAAAUUCUUAAGCUGUUCAGCAACAACUUAUAUCCUCUUCUGUAUAGCUGGUUUGUAAGGAUUACCUCCAACUGAAAUUCUAGGAUAAGCCAUGGUUUUCCUCCAGGCAUAUUAUUUGCUGUGUUCUUUUGCUUGUGAAACAAGGCCACCACUCUAAGUAUGCGUGUGUUUUUUUGCAUCAGUGAGCAUGGAAAUACAAAGUGUAUCUAGCCUGGCUGUGUUUCUUUUACUAAUAAAUAUGUGCCUCUGA